CUUGUGUUUUUGGUUACUAUUACUAUGUUUACCAUGUUAGCUGAAAAUGUUAUUUAGCGAGCAAACUGACCGAGGACAUAUUAAUAUUACAUUUAUCUGGACUCGAUUUCAUUUGAGGAGAAACAGCAGAAGUGCCAAGAGUACAUUUUGAAGUUUUGCUUGAAGUAUAUGGAGGUAAACGAUUUCUUAAUUUGGUAAGAAAAAACGAGAACGUACGUUGAUAUCAGUCAUGCCAGACAAACUUUCAAAGGCACGAAAAUUAUAUGCUUGUUUAGAAAAAGUUGCUGAUUCAAAGGACGACGAUCAGACAUAUGACAUCGUUAAGAAAAAAUUCAAACGCUUUUUCAAAAAGAAAAUCUCAGACGUCCUUUUCCAAACGCCUCUGCUUCAUGGUCAUAUAACGGAUGCUGACAGAGAGAAGAAGUCAACCGAAGAACCAAAAGAAGAUGUGCCUAUUAAUGGAGAAUCAGUGCUGCUUCGCGCUUUAUUGAUACCUACCCUUUCUUGUAGUGAAAAAUUUACUUCUGUUGAUUACAUUAUUAACAAGCUUAUAGAUCAUGUCCCAGAAAUGAUUCUUCAUAACAACAAGUAUACGAACGAAAUAACUGGUAAAGUGUACAGUAGUAUUACUCCGCUGCACGUCGCAGUUUUGAAAGAAGACUCAAAGCUGCUUUACAGAGCAGGUCAUAUGUUAACAAAAAAAGGAGACAAACUUGAACAUGUUAUUGAUAAAAUAAAUGGCAUCGACGCAAAUGAGGAAACAUAUCAGAAUACGCUUAUGAUGGCGGGAACCCCUCUUGGAGUAGCAACACUUACAUGCAAUGUAGAAAUUUUUUGUCUAAUACUGUCGCAUUUUCAUUCGGAAUUGACAAUUGUAAAUGAAAAAGGAGACAAUAUCGUUCAUUCUUUGAUUAAAUGCACACAUCGUAACCCAGAUCCGUUGUACAAAGAGAAAUCGAAAUCUAUGUUAAAUUUUAUUUUGAACAUGAAAUGGAGGGAGUGUAUAAAAGGAAAACCUGGUGCUGCAAGGGAAGAAACACGUCUUUUACUUAUGAUGAAAAAUGAAGAAAAACUCACACCUCUGCAGUUGGCUGCCAAACGAGAGCAGAAUGAGCUGUUCGAAAUAAUCCUACAACAUGAGGUUUACUGUCUGAAAGACUCAGUCGAUUGUACACAUAAUGUUAAAUAUGACAUCACAGAAGUUGAAACUCUCGCUUUAGAGGCUGAAGACAGCAAUGACAAACACGAACAUUUGCAAACCGGCCGUCAUGAGUCUAUUCUUGAGUACGUUGCGCUGCAGGACACAGAAUCCGCUUUUAGAUUUGCCGACUUUCUACCAGUCAGGAAAGUUAUCAGAGCAAAAUGGCAAUAUUACAGAUAUCUGUUUUACGGAUGGUUUGCCUUUCAUUUAGUUUUCAUUAGUCUUUUAACUGUUGUAGCGUUAAGAAGGUCAAAACUGGUUUCAGCACCAGACAAUAGCGCAAACUCUACGACAGACAAAGCUAUUUUUAGAUAUAUCGUGAAUGAAGACAUGUUUGUAACUACUGUUGGAGCAUUUGGCGUGUUUCUUGGGUGUGUAUUUAUCAUUUGGAUGCUAGUCCGUUUUAUAGCUAUCCGCAGGUUUGAGGCAAAAGCUUCACCAAAGGUGCUCAGGAACUUUCUAAUACGUUGGGCAAUGCCGUAUUCAAAUUUAGCUUUCGAAUUUUACUUCUUCUUACUUUCCAUUUGUCUUAUUUUGGAUUUUUCAUUAGCCUCGUCAUCGGUAGACUGGUAUGAAAAUUAUUUUCUUAUAGUGGCAGUCAUAGCAGGAUGGUAUCUAGUGUUGUUUUUUCUGCAAUCAUUGAAACCAUUUAGUUUCUUCACAGUUUUGAUACAAAAGGUUAUAUUGGAUCUGAUGAGGUUUUCUUUCGUCAUGUCCAUUUUCCUUGUUGCAUUCUCUACAGCCAUGUCAAUGAUUAUGCAAGGGGCAGACACUACAGAUGAUGACUUUGAACAUUUCGGAAAAUCAGUAGUUAAAAUGCUCACUGUCUUGUUAGGUAUUGGUGAAAUGGAUAUAUUCUUUCAAGCAAGACAGCCAAUUCUUGCUUUACUUGUGUUUGUUCUAUUUGUACUUCUGACAACGAUCUUGCUCCUUAAUGCAUUAAUUGCCCUCAUGUCAAAUUCGUGCACGGAUUUGAUGAGAAGUCAAGGUGGAGCUGUUGGUUCAAAAAUGCAUAGCCGUCUUCAAAAGUUGUCAGUUAUUCUUUUCCUAGAAAGCUAUUUACCAAGAUGUUGCUGUAAAGAAGUUGGCGAGAAAAAAGACAAAUACAGGUAUACAGAAGGACGAUGGAGACCAAGACGAAUAUUAACUAAUGUUUACAGUAAGACAGAAAAUGUGACAUUCUUUUCUCGGACCUCACCUGCAUCUCUUUGGCGACAGUGGUUUAGAAAAAACAAAAUGAAUAAAACGGAGAAAACUUUAGAAAUUUCACAACAUGAAAGACAAAUAUGUGAUAAAUGGGGGCAAGUAGACAUUGUUCAUAUUGAAACUGAAGUAGUUAGACAUAAUGAGGCCGAGGGUAAUACUCGCAAAUUAAAUGUUUGCCAAAAGUGUGCAAAACGUUUCAGAUGAAUAGUAAGGUCUGCCAAGUUAACCACACUAGUUAAAAGUGAUAUUUGGAAACGAAAUAGUUUUUUAAUUGCCUUGAUAUGUGUUUUAGAUAGGUAAAUCCGUUUUAAAAGAAGGUUAAAAUGAAAUCUUGUGUAGUUGCGUUACAAAUGUAAUGUCACGUUAACAGAGUUUCUAGAUUCGAACAGGCUCGACUUAAGAAUAUUUACAUUCACUGCACACUUUUUAUAGAAAGAAAAUAACGUUUAUUUAAGUAUAAACACCUUUGAUGCAGUAAUAACAAGUGCGACACUUUCCGCGGGAUUUCACUUGUAAUUUGACGUUGUUCACGCAGAACAUAUAGACAAUGGCGUCGUUCGAAAAAAUGUAUUAGAAAUCGACAAUCAAAGCGGAACAUUUGAUAAAAGCUAAAACUUUCACAGCAAAGAUUAAAACUGAACCGACACGACUGCAAUUUUUGCCGAUUUUGAGAUAUUUUGAAUUGAAAUCAGGAACUGUAUUUUUAAUCGAAAGGCAGAUUGCAGUUUAACGUGGGCGAGUUUUUUAAAACUGUUUUCUCUAUUUAUUAUAAAGAUCGGUAGUCCAAUUAUUAUUGUACAUUUUUGGGGAAGAAACAUCAUGUUUUUUUCAUUGAAUGACUUAGAAAUGUAAGUAUAAGGAUACAAUGGAACUUUUUGCGCGUUUAUAUGGGUAUAAACAACAUUGAGACUUUUAGCAAAUCAUCAAAGAAGUAUUUGCCAGAAGUGCCAAUAUGGUUCAUACCCGUAAUUACGUACGAAAUUAAAAUCCAGUCUUUAAAUAAACAUCAUUCCAUAUUAAGUAAUGUUGAUUUCAAGUGUGUCGGGUAACACAAUUAGUGAACAAGCUUCGCGGCUAUGAUAUGAUUAUCUUUGAUAUAAAUGUAAUUAUAUUUCAUACCAAGGGAAUUUAACCAGUUUUCAUUGUCCACAGUGACGGUAUUCUUUAUUAUCAGUCAAGUCGACGCAGUAAAAUUAAGAUUGAAAACUGUCUUUUUUGCAGUUCUUUGCAGUUCACUUGAAAUUAACUGUAAAUAAUAUAGUGUACAUUUGAUAUUUGUUGUGUUAUUACUUAUAUGUCCUUUCUGUAUAACAUGUUUUUCAUACCUUUGUGACAAAGACUUCCUGUCUCCAAUUUCAUGUGUUCUAAUAAAUGCUUAUUUUAUAACUGAUUCCUUCCCUUUUUAUUUUGUAAAACGAGUCGGGCCUUCAACGCGAACAUCUAAAGUACUUCAAGGGUUCAUCGUAAAUGCUUAUUUUCGGAACAAAUUUAAAUCUAGAGGAAGAUACAUUUAGCUGGUGUUUCGUAUUCUAAAUUUUAUAUUUAAUAUGUAACUUUUGAAGAUAUUAAACAAUAAUUAUGGGUUCAUAACAUAAUUAUUAGUAAGUCCAUUAUAUAUUGUUUGUUAUCCGGGAAGUCAAUUUGAAAAAAUACACAAUAAGAAAUAUUGUUAGC